GCAAUCGAGUCGAGCUUUGUUCCUCUUGCUAUAGCGUUAUGGCAGAUGAACCGGAUGAACCUAGUAUAUCAGUGUUUUUAUUGAUGGGUGAUAUUGCAAGAUUAUUGGCUAUGAUUUCAUUGCCAAUUAAUAUCAUUUUUACGAAGAAUUGCGCUGAUUUCAAAAUCGAAUCAGCAUAUUCAUAAUAAUACUUAAAAGUAUGGAAUCCAACAUUGUAGAUCAAGUUUUCAACAAUGAAUACUUCAAAAUAAAUAAAAAAAUACUGAUUUUAUGCGGAUUGUGGCCGUAUUCAUCUAAACUUGGAAACAUAGUUAAACGAUUGUUUAUAGUAAUGGUAUUAAGCGGUGUUUCAUUUCCUCAUAUUAAUGCAAUAAGAAUGUGGUGCGGUAAAGACUUAGGUUUAUGUGCUGAAAAUAUUGCAGCAACCGUAUACAGUGCAGGAGUUUUAACUAAGUACUCAGUUGUGAUUUUGAAAGAAAAGAAGAUGGCCAAAGUCUAUAAUUUACUUACAUCAACUUGGUCGUGGAUUGUAGAUUCGACAGAAAAACAGAUCAUGUUUGAGAAUGCCAAAAUAGCAAAGUUAAAGACCAUUGGCUAUGCCGGAUACUUAGCUAUAGCUGCAAUAGCUUUUACUCAGACGGGAAUGAUUCCUACAAUUUUAGAUAUUACUAUACCGCUAAAUGAAUCUCGACCAAAGAUACAAGUUGUGCAUGCGGAAUACAUUGUUGAUCAAGACGAAUAUUUUUUUGAAAUCUAUUGUAUUUAUUGUGUUGUGGGAGUAGUUAGUUCUAUGGUACUUGUGAGUAUCGAUACCGUAUACACUGUUGUGGUUCAUCAAAAUCUUGCUGUUUUUGGUAUUAUUAAGUAUCGAUUACACUUAGCAACGGAAAAUCCCAAACAGGGACUUCCAAAAGAGCAUGAUUUUGCAUACAAUACAAUCAUUUCAGCGAUUCGUUUACAUCAAAAAGCAAUCGAGUUCAAUAAUUUAAUGGAAAACACGUUUGAAAUAUUAUCUUUGUGCUUGAUCAUUAUUUGCGUGCUAUUUUUAAGCUUUGGCGCAAUAACAAUUUUGGAAAAUUCGGACAACAUAAUAGACUUGACACGAAUGAGCAUGCUUGAAUUUGGUGUAGUUAUUCAUCUAUUAUAUUUGAGCUGGCCAGGCCAAUUAAUUAUAUCUGAAAGCAGCGAUCUUUUUGUGCAGAUAUAUACAAAUAAAUGGUAUAAUAUAUCGCCUAGAGCAAAAGUGUUACUUCAAAUUAUGAUGUUACGUUGCAUUAAACCAUCUAGCUUGACUGCUGCUGGACUUUACGUCAUGAAUUUCGAGAAUUACGCAGCAAUAAUCAAGAGUACUAUGUCAUAUAUCACAGUUCUGGCUUCAUUCAGAGACUAAUUUCAUGCUUUGACAUUUAUCGUUAAAGGCCCGUUCACUAAAACAUUAUCCAAUUUUGACAUCGAAGGAUCAGAAACGUAUAGUAAUAAAAGUUGAAAAAAUAUAUAUUUGUAAACAAUGAAAUCUCAACUAUUCAAAUAUGUAAUAUAAAAUCACAAUUUUGACAA